GUUUGGUUGCUGUUCGUCAUCCAUCCAUGAAUGAAUUGAAUCAAUGAAUGGUUUGUUUCUUCUCUUUUUAUUUGACUACGGCCUUACCCUGCCCUGCCACUUUGACCUCAACAAACCCCUCCCCUCUCGGCCCGCUUGUUACGUCUUCCCACACACCCUCUUCUUUCUCUUGCUUCCGUCAACCAUCACCCACAUUACCACCAACCUACCUCCUCUACAUCCCCCUGCUCGACGCCGUGCAAACGUUUGUUCCGCCCGUCGUCUGACCCAACAGGAAUUGUUGCUGUUUCUGUUGUUCCUUCAGUCCCCGCUUCUAUUUUGAGUCCAGCAGCUUGACAAAUCUUCCGGUCUUCGGGGGUACGGCUUUCGAAUCGUCCCUC